AUGGCGACGGAAAGCAACGGUCCUUCUGGGGACCUCACCUCCCAGAUUCUUCUUGCUUUGUCCAAGAAGGAUCCCAUCCUGUCUGCCGAGCAUUUCCCGGAGUUCCACUUCACGGACAUCAAGGCGGCAUUGGACCGACUUGCCAGUCGUUCUAUGGUGACAUACGAGUCAAUUGACCGGGAGGAAGCCGUUCUCGAGGCAGAGGGAAAGCAAAUCGCCGAGCACGGAAGUCACGAAGCUCGUGUCUUCGAAGCGGUCCGCAAGGCUUUGGAAGGAUUGACGGUUCAGGAGCUUGAGGCUGCCGUGGGUGACAAGAACGUAACGAGGCUCGGUCAAGGCAAGGCCUUCAAGGAGAAAUGGAUCACGAAGAGUGAUGGCAAGUUUGUUGCAGCUACCGACUCGAUUCAAGAUGUUACCCAAGCUCAGCUCAAGCAAAUCCUGGAGACGAAGACCCACGAACCCAAGGUCAUCUCCGAAUUAAAGAAGCGCAAGCUCAUCAAGACCCAGAAGAUCAUCGCCUACAAGAUCCAGAAGGGGCCUGAGUUCGCACUGGAGAUCAAGAAGGAGGAAACGGAUUUGACGGCCGACAUGAUUGCUUCGGGCUCAUGGAAGACUGCCAACUUCAAGCCGUACAAUUUCAAGGCUCUUGGAUCCGACCAGAACUCUGGCGCGCUUCAUCCACUCAACAAGGUCCGCCACGAGUUCCGUCAGAUCUUCUUUGAGAUGGGCUUCGAGGAGAUGCCGACCAGCAAGUUUGUCGAGUCUGGAUUCUGGAACUUCGACGCCCUUUUCGUUCCCCAGCAACAUCCCGCGAGAGAUCUCCAGGAUACUUUUUACAUCUCGGACCCCAAGGUUGCAGACAAGCCUGGCCCCGAGUCGGAAGAUGACAAGAAGGAUUAUAAGACGUACUGGGACAAUGUUAAGGAGGUCCACCAGGAUGGCAAGUUUGGUUCAAUUGGCUACCGUUACCCUUGGGCUGCGGACGAGGCUCAGAGGCUUGUUCUCCGCACGCACACGACGGCCAUUUCCACGGCAGUGCUUCAUCAGUUGGCCGCCAGAAAGGGACCAGACGGCAGACCUCCCCCCGCCCGUUACUUCUCCAUCGACAGAGUGUUCCGUAACGAAAGUGUCGACGCCACGCAUUUGGCAGAGUUCCAUCAGGUCGAAGGUGUUAUUGCGGAUUACGGCCUUACUUUGGGAGGUUUGAUGGAGUUCAUGGAGAUCUUCUUCAACAAGAUGGGUAUCACAGAUAUCAAGUUCAAGCCGGCGUACAACCCCUACACCGAGCCGAGUAUGGAGAUCUUCAGCUUCCACAAGGGCUUGAACAAGCUCGUUGAAAUCGGCAACAGUGGUAUGUUCAGACCGGAAAUGCUCGAGGCAAUGGGCCUGCCUAAGGAUAUGAGAGUGUACGGUUGGGGUUUGAGCUUGGAGAGACCGACCAUGAUUAAGUAUGGCAUCUCCAACAUUCGUGAGCUGUUAGGACACAAGGUGGAUUUGAACUUUAUCGAGAGAAACCCGGCAGUGAGACUCGACAAAAACUAG